UCUGUGGUUAAUACGUUAAAUUAUUAUCUUUAAACCUUUGGUAUGUUAUGCCUCUGCGGUAUUGCGGCGAUAGUAAUUCGUCGGAUGUUGAUGGUGUAAUAAAUAUUUUCCUUUUAAAAACAUUCCGAUUUUCCAUUUCAAUGUUACGUGACUUACGUAACAGGUAUCACACUAGUCACAGCGAUAUCGCAUGAUUAUUAAUUAGUAAUUACUCAUUAGUGUCCUGUGAGUUGUAGUUGUCUGUCGGAGUUUCGGGACUUUUGAGAUCGGUUUACAAGUUUUUUUCUUUUCGUUUGAGUAAUUUAGAAAAUGCAUUCAGAACAGUUAUUGACUCACGUCUUGUUUUUCGUCAUUUGCGCCACUGCAGUAAUAUGUCUGAAGAAAGAUGGGUACUAUUGCCAGUUGUCUCCCCCAUGUAAAUGCAUUACGAUCAAUAAUGAUAGAAAUAUCAAUUUAGAUGGAGUGAACUUGACGCUGAAUUUCAGUAGUAACCAACAAUUUCAUUAUCAACCUUGUCUCGAUGAUGGAAGUGGAAUUAUUAUUGAAUCAGUAAAUGAGACAUACAAUACUACAACAGAACUAGCUAAUUAUAAUGUCACUGAAGUUAAAAUAAGCAAAGUGGUAACAUUUGUUUAUACAGAUGACAGCAAACAGUUUGAUGUAAUUUUGGUAUGCAAUCCAUUAGCAGUCAGUGGAAAUGAAUCUCUAGUAAAUUUCCAAAAUGUCUCAGAUAAUCUAUGUACAAUUGAACUUCAAACCAGUCAAGUAUGUGGAUUGAAUUUAAAUGAUGGAUAUGAUGAAUACUCAGAUUCAGAAUCUUGGACUUAUUUUUUUUCAUUUGUUUUGGUUGUUGCAUUUGUUUACUUUGUUGGUGGUUCUGUAAUAAAUGCCUGCUUAUUUAAUGAAAUUGGUAUUAAUAUGAUUCCUCACCAUGCAUUUUGGUCUUCACAUUACAAUAAUAUUAAGGAUAAACUAUUUGGCACCUCUACAAUGGCAUCAGCCUAUGAAAGCAUAUAAAAUAUUUUUCUAAACAAAAAUGUUUAUACAUUUUGUAUGGUACCUAUUUAUAUAAAUUGCUAGGCAUGUUAUUACUGAAUGUAAGAUAUAAUAUUUAUUUUGUAUUUUACUCUUCUUAUUUAUAAUGGUAAUUCUGUAUUCAAUAACUAUUGUUGUUUUUUUUUUUUUUUUUAAU